UUUUUUUUUGCAUCUCAUCCAGUGCUCUGCUUGCCCUUUCUGUCAAGACUCGACGCUGCCAUCUCGCAUACUGCAAUACAGACUUGAUCCCACCGAGCAACAGCCUCCUUGCUGUUCAUCAAUUCCCGACAUCCCUGCGAGCACUCGUCCUCCACACUCUCGCCCUCUCUCUCGCCUCCCACCUUCCUGCCGCAUCCAGGCCACCUCUCACCACUCUUUAACGCCCUGCCAUCUGAUCCUUUGUCGCUCGUCGACUCUAGGAUGGGCCUGGAAGCGGAGAAACCCAUACAACAAGAGAUUGAUCCAUCCGACGUUGAGCAAGAGUACACUCCCUACAAGCCCGAAAAGGGCUAUGGCUGGGGUGAGGCUUUGCCAGAGAAGCAAGGUCUAUACGAUCCUAGCCUCGAGAAGGAUGCCUGUGGUGUAGGCUUCGCUGCCCAUAUCAAGGGCAAGCCAAGCCAUAAAAUUGUUAGCGAUGCUCGCAAUCUCUUGUGUAACAUGACCCAUCGUGGUGCCGUCGGCUCAGAUGCUCGAGAUGGCGACGGUGCUGGUGUCAUGACAUCCAUCCCCCACAAAUUCUUCAUCAAGAACUUUGCCAGAGAAGUCGGCGUAGAACUGCCUCCUCUGGGUCAGUAUGCCGUGGGAAACCUCUUCUUCAAGCCUGACACGGAGAUGCUCAAGCAUGCCACCGUCAGCUUCGAAGACACUGCUCAAGGUCUUGGCCUCCGGACACUGGGCUGGCGAGAAGUUCCUCGAGAUUCUACUCUCCUAGGCCCCGCCGCGCUCUCUCGAGAGCCCAUUAUCCUACAGCCCGUCGUCGUCCUUGCCUCUGCCUACGGUUCUGGAAACAAGCCUGACAAUGUUGACCCCGAGCAAUUCGAUGAUGUAGAAUUCGAGCGAAAGCUUUACAUUCUCAGAAAGACCGUCUCACACGAUGUUCGGUGGAAGCCAUGGUUCUAUGUCUGUUCCCUCAGCAACCGCAACAUCGUCUACAAGGGUCAGCUCGCACCCGUCCAGGUCUAUCAAUACUAUCAUGAUCUCGUCUCCGUCGACUACGAGGCUCACUUCGCCUUGGUUCAUUCUCGAUUCUCAACAAACACAUUUCCCUCCUGGGAUCGAUCACAGCCUCUCCGAUGGCUCGCGCACAACGGUGAAAUCAACACGCUACGAGGUAACAAGAACUGGAUGCGUGCUCGUGAGGGUGUGCUCAAGUCAGAUCUUUUCGGCCCCGAGCUCGAGCAACUCUUCCCCAUUGUCGAAGAUGGCGGUUCUGAUUCUGCCGCCUUUGACAAUGUCAUGGAGCUACUCGUCAUGAAUCGUGUUUUGUCUCUUCCUGAAGCCGUCAUGAUGAUGGUUCCUGAAGCCUGGCAAGGAAAUCAUGCCAUGGACCCUGCAAAGGCCGCUUUUUACGAGUAUGCCGCCUGCUUGAUGGAACCCUGGGACGGCCCCGCUCUGUUCACCUUCUCCGAUGGCCGAUACUGCGGUGCCAACUUGGACCGGAAUGGUCUUAGACCCUGCAGAUAUUAUGUCACAGACGAUGAUAGAAUUGUGUGCGCAUCAGAGGUCGGCACUAUUGCCAUCGAGCCAGAACGAGUUAUCCUGAAGGGUCGAUUGCAGCCUGGCAAGAUGCUUUUGGUUGACACACAAGCUGGCCGCAUCAUUGAUGACGCCGAACUCAAGGAGACGGUUGCCAGCAGACAGCCAUUCCGACAGUGGAUCGACAAAAACCUGAUGAGAAUGCCUACCGUCUAUGAAGGCCUCGCCCAGGAGAUGGACUUGAGCUUCAAGCUGAGCGAAUCCACCAUCCAAGAGGACGUUCGACUGCGUGCAUUUGGCUACUCAUUCGAGCAAGUCAGCUUGCUUCUAGGCCCCAUGGCCGCCGAUUCCAAGGAAGCCUUGGGCUCCAUGGGCAACGACGCUCCUCUGGCUUGUCUCGCUCAACAGCCACGCUUGCUCUUUGAGUACUUCAGACAACUCUUCGCCCAAGUCACCAACCCUCCUAUCGAUCCAAUUCGUGAGGCUAUUGUCAUGUCGCUUGAAUGCUAUGUCGGCCCCCAAGGUAACCUUUUGGAGAUGGAAGAUUCUCAGUGCGGACGCCUUUUGCUGCCUUCGCCCAUUCUUGAAAUUGAGACCUUCAACGCGCUCCAGAACAUCAACUCCUACAACAAGGAUUGGACUGUCAAGACCAUCGACAUCACGUUCGACAAGUGGGCCGGCACUGACGGCUAUAAAGACGCUCUUGAUUCUAUCUGCGAUGCUGCCACCGCUGCAAUCGAAGCUGGUGACAAGAUCAUCAUUUUGUCGGAUCGUGCCACUUCUGAAGACAGGGUUCCCGUGUCUUCGCUCCUCGCCACUGGUCUCGUCCAUCACCACUUGGUUCGUAACAAGUGGAGAUCCAGAGCUGCGCUCAUCGUCGAAACUGCCGAGGCUCGAGAGGUUCAUCACAUGUGUGUUUUGGUUGGUUAUGGUGCUGAUGGUAUCAACCCAUAUCUGGCCAUGGAAUGCAUCUUGAAGCUCAACCGUGAGGGCCUUAUCCGCAAGAAGCUCACCGAUCAACAGAUCAUCGAAAACUACAAGUCCUCUUGCGAUGGUGGUAUUCUCAAGGUCAUGAGUAAGAUGGGUAUCUCCACCUUGCAGUCCUACAAGGGCGCCCAGAUUUUCGAGGCUCUUGGUAUCGAUGAUAGUGUCGUUGACCGCUGCUUUGCCGGCACAGCCACCCGCGUCCGGGGCAUGACGUUUGAUCUUAUUGCUCAAGAUGCCUUCGCAUUCCACGAAAAGGGCUAUCCAUCCCGUCAUAUCCGCGAAAUUCCCGGUUUGCCCGAAUCUGGAGAAUACCAUUGGCGUGAUGGUGGUGAGCCUCACAUCAACGACCCAGUCAGCAUCGCCAAUAUUCAGGAUGCUGUUCGAACCAAGAAUGACAAGUCCUACGAGGCUUAUUCUCUGUCCGAGUAUGAACAAAUUAAGAAUUGUACUCUCCGAGGCAUGCUUGAUUUCGAUUUCGAACAGCGUACGCCUGUGCCGAUUGAUCAAGUUGAGCCGUGGACUGAGAUUGUCCGACGAUUCGUGACAGGCGCCAUGUCCUACGGCUCCAUUUCCAUGGAAUCCCACUCGACAUUAGCCGUCGCGAUGAAUCGCCUUGGUGGCAAGUCCAACACCGGUGAAGGUGGUGAGGACCCCGAGCGAAGCUUGAAGAUGGAAAACGGCGACUCCAUGCGGUCGGCCAUCAAGCAGAUUGCUUCUGGUAGAUUUGGUGUCACCUCCAACUACUUGGCUGAUGCCGAUGAGCUCCAAAUUAAGAUGGCUCAGGGUGCUAAGCCCGGUGAAGGUGGUGAACUUCCCGGUCACAAGGUCUCCCAGUCUAUUGCUCGCACUCGACAUUCUACACCGGGUGUUGGUCUCAUCUCCCCACCUCCUCACCACGACAUCUACUCCAUUGAAGAUCUGAAACAAUUGAUCUACGAUCUCAAGUGCUCCAACCCCCGAGCUCGUGUCUCCGUCAAGUUGGUGUCCGAAGUUGGUGUCGGUAUUGUUGCUGCUGGUGUUGCCAAGGCCAAGGCUGAUCACAUCCUGAUCUCUGGUCAUGAUGGUGGUACCGGUGCCUCCAGAUGGACUGGUAUCAAGUAUGCCGGCUUGCCCUGGGAACUGGGCCUUGCCGAGACGCAUCAAACUCUGGUUCUCAACGAUCUUCGUGGCCGUGUCAUCGUUCAAACAGACGGUCAGCUUCGUACCGGACGUGAUGUUGCUAUUGCUUGUCUGCUUGGAGCCGAAGAAUGGGGCUUUGCUACCACUCCUUUGAUCGCCAUGGGAUGUAUUAUGAUGCGAAAGUGCCACUUGAAUACAUGCCCAGUCGGAAUAGCGACUCAGGAUCCAGUCCUCCGAAAGAAGUUUGCAGGAAGCCCCGAGCAUGUCAUCAACUUCUUCUAUUACAUUGCCAACGAGCUUCGUGCAAUCAUGGCUAAGCUUGGUAUCAGGACUGUCAAUGAGAUGGUUGGUCACGCAGAACUUCUCAAAGUUCGCGAGGAUCUUCGCACACCCAAGACCGAGAAUCUGGAUUUGUCACUCAUCCUUACACCAGCUCAUUCAAUCCGUCCUGGAGUAGCCACCUACAACGUUCGAAAGCAAGACCACAAGCUCCACACCCGUCUAGACAAUAAGUUGAUCUCCGAAUCAGAACUUGCUCUUGAGAAGGGACUUCCUUGCCGCAUCGAAACCGAUAUUGUCAACACUGAUAGAACUCUUGGAGCAACUCUAUCUUACCACAUCAGCAAGCGAUACGGCGAGGCUGGUCUACCCCAGGACACUAUCCACGUCAACAUUCGAGGUUCUGCCGGUCAGUCUUUCGGCGCGUACCUCGCACCUGGCGUUACUCUUGAACUCGAAGGCGAUGCAAACGAUUAUGUCGGCAAAGGCCUCUCUGGCGGACGACUUAUUGUCUACCCUCCUCGCAGCGCCGUCUUCAAGGCUGAGGAAAACAUCCUCAUCGGCAAUGUCUGCUUGUAUGGUGCUACCCAGGGUACAUGCUACUUCCGUGGUGUUGCCGCCGAACGAUUCGCUGUUCGCAACUCCGGGGCCAAUGCCGUCGUCGAAGGUGUUGGUGACCAUGGCUGUGAGUACAUGACUGGUGGUCGGGUUGUCAUCCUUGGCAGCGCUGGUCGCAACUUUGCUGCAGGCAUGUCGGGUGGCAUCGCAUAUGUUCUUGAUAUGAACCAGGACUUCCACUCGAAGAUUAACAUGGAGAUGGUUGAAGUUUCCGGCGUGGAAGACCCCACAGAGAUUGCUUUCCUUCGAGGCAUGAUCGAGGAUCAUCAUCAUUACACUGGCUCUGAGCUCGCAGCUCGCAUCCUCCUCGAGUUCACCCGUGCCCUUCCUCGCUUCGUCAAGGUUCUUCCCACUGACUACAAGCGCGUUCUCGCAGAACAAGCUGCCAAAGCGGAAGAGGCCAAGAAGGCAGAAUACCCAUUACCAUUACUCGCCGGCAACCCUGUCAGAAACCUUCAUCAAGAGCAACGUGAAGUCACCCAGGAAAAAGAAGCCAAGCAAAAGAAGGCUGAGAUGCUCGACAUUGAGGAAGGUAUCAAUGGCGAUGCCGAAAAGGCCAAACAGAAGGCUGCUCUCGUUCUUGACAAGACCCGAGGUUUCAUGAAAUAUACUCGUCGAAGCGAGAAGUAUCGUAACGCCCGAACAAGAACCAAGGACUGGGCAGAGCUAUCCAGUCGACUCAACGAGGACGAGCUUAAGUAUCAAUCUGCACGAUGCAUGGACUGCGGUGUACCCUUCUGUCAAUCCGAUACUGGCUGCCCAAUCUCCAACAUCAUUCCCAAAUGGAACGAAUUGGUGUUCGCUAAUCAAUGGAAGGACGCUCUCAACCGCCUUCUCAUGACCAACAACUUCCCCGAGUUCACAGGCCGUGUCUGCCCAGCACCUUGCGAGGGCGCUUGCGUCUUGGGAAUCAAUGAGGAUCCUGUCGGAAUCAAGAGCAUCGAAUGUGCCAUCAUCGACAAAGGCUUCGAGAUGGGCUGGAUGGUUCCCACUCCGCCCACCGAGCGAACUGGCAAGACCGUUGCUAUCAUUGGAUCCGGUCCUGCUGGUCUUGCUGCUGCCGAUCAGCUCAACCGUGCUGGACACUCGGUUACUGUGUACGAGAAAUCUGAUCGAGUUGGUGGCCUCCUGAUGUACGGAAUUCCAAACAUGAAGCUUGACAAGCGCAUUGUCCAGCGACGUGUUGAUCUCAUGGCUGCUGAAGGUGUUGUGUUCAAGACUGGUGUUCUCGUGGGACCUACCGAGGAGGUUAGUCUUGAGUCGCUCCGAAGCAGCAACGACGCUGUCAUCAUUUCGACUGGUGCCCAAGUACCUCGAGAUCUCAAGAUCAAGGGCCGUGAGGCAGAGGGCAUCCAUUUCGCAAUGGAGUUCUUGCAUGCCAAUACCAAAUCGCUGUUGGACUCUGAACUGAGCGAUGGCAAGUAUAUCAGUGCUAAAGACAAGCACGUCAUUGUCAUCGGUGGUGGUGAUACUGGAAAUGACUGUAUUGGAACAUCUCUCCGACAUGGUGCCAAAUCCAUCACCAACUUCGAGUUAUUGCCUCAGCCUCCUCCGGAGCGUGCUCGGGACAACCCCUGGCCCCAGUGGCCACGAAUCUACCGAGUCGACUAUGGUCACACAGAAGUCAAGACGCACUACGGCAAAGAUCCUCGAGAGUACUGUGUGAUGACCAAGGACUUCGAUGUCAAAGAUGGGCGAGUUGUUGGCAUGAACACCACACGUGUCGAGUGGACCAAGAGUGCCACUGGUGGUUGGGACAUGAAACCCAAGGAAGGCAGUGAACAAUACUUCCCUGCCGACAUUGUCAUGCUUUCCAUGGGAUUCUUGGGACCUGAUGAGCAUCUUUUCAAUGCUGAGGUCGAACUCGACGGUCGCAAGAAUAUCAAGACUCCCAAGGGACACUACAAUACCAAUCUUCCAGGUGUGUUUGCCGCGGGCGAUUGUCGCCGUGGUCAAUCUCUGAUUGUCUGGGGUAUCAACGAGGGUCGCCAAUGUGCUCGUCAAGUUGACAGCUAUCUCAUGGGAACUGGAUCGAUCCUCCCGAUUACUGGGGGCAUUGUGCGACGGUCCCCACUUGACAGUGUUCCAGUCGCAAAGCAUAGCAAGACACACGAAGUUGCAGUGGCCUAAGCUUUUGAAAAAUUUAAGCGCAACAUAGACAACCGUGCUGCAGCUUAACUUCGUGGCUUUAAGUUUGAGAACAAGGUGAAAAAAGGGACAAGUUAAAGGGACAGGAUCAAAAUGGGUGGCAUUUCAAUCGUCUUUGGAACAAAGUUUCAGUCAGCAUGGUGAGCGCGCACAGUCAGUCAUAUCUGAUACCCCAGUACAGCGCUUUACGAAUGAAAUGAAGAAGUUUGGACAGCUGGACCUGACACGAACUGGCGAGAUACACGCAACUGUCGAAGCCUGGAGCAAGGAUGAAUUUACGGCAAUGGCACGGUCUUCAUUCGUUUCAACGGGACUCUUGUCGAGGCUCGUUUCUUGCACUUGAUUUACGUGCUGAUGUGUAGAAGUUGAUGCAAUGGCCGCAAAAUGGCAAAAAAGAAAUGCAAAUGAUUAUUGAUUUGAUGAGCUUUGUUGGGAGGAAAUGUGUUUUCACGUUGAACAGAAGACUGCAGAUCAAUACCAAUGGGAAAUGUAUCAUAGAGAGCAAAUUGGUAGGUAGAUGGCAGAUUCGAUCAAUUCAUUUUACAAUA